AUGUCGGUUGUGUAACUGAUGUUAAGAUUUUUAGCGUCGAAGGUGUUUUGAUUUCGUCCUAUCAAGAGCUUGGUGAGAUGAAGAGGAGAUUGAAAGGGAUGGAGGAAGAAGCUACUACGCUGCGCAAGAUGCAAGCAAAAGUCGAAAAAGAAAGGGGAGCUAUUCAAGAUCGAAGUGCGGAGCUAAGUAGCAAUGUAGAAAAUGGAAGUAGCAAUUCCAAUGAAGGAACGAAUCCUGAAAACCAGCAGUCAUUGGAUUGAAAAACGUUGUCAAGGUAUAUUUUUUGUAAGAACUGUGAACAAGAGACACAUUUUGCCAGUUGAUCUGACCUCUCUGUGUUGUUCUUCUAGGUUUGGAAACCGUACACAGUAACUAAGCAGAGAGAUAAGUGGAGUGAGGAAGAGCAUGGCAGGUUUCUUCAAGCUAUAAAGCUUUAUGGUCGUG